UGUCUUAAUAAACUUACCGGAUAGCGUUAUGGAAAAGCUCAGAGCGUGGUAGAGAGGCUACACCAUGUAAAUAAGGUUGAAAUUCCCGUGCGCCGAGCGUUGAGGGAGCUUUAAGUUUUUGAUUCAUUCGGGCACUGCCUGUUGUGUUUCGCGCACGACUGUACGGAUAUUACGAGCGGCAGAACGUAACUUUGUCGUAAGUUUUUGUGAUUUACGAAUUGUUUCGUAUAUAUUUGCGAUUUAAGUGUUGUGUGCUGUUUUUGAUAUGUACUGUGAAUGUUCUCAUUCCAUUAAGUUUAUGAGACGGAUUUGAAGCAGUUUGGUAAUACUGACAUGAACUCUCUUCAGACCUGGAGAUCGAAACCACAGCGAUAGCGGCAUCACAUCAUGGCAAUCACGAACUUUUACUCCAGAGUGCUGCUUUUGGCUUUUAUGCUGUUGUGCAAAGAAUACGCCGUGCGGAGUUUAGAACUAUUGGAACUCAGAGUGCCAACCCAUGUGCCCCUGGGUACCCGAGCAGCCCUAUCGUGCAAGUGGCAACUGGGACCGGCAGAUAUUUUGUACUCUGUCAAGUGGUACAAAGAUGGGAAGGAAUUCUUCCGUCAUGUUCCACGAGACAUUGAAACGAGGAGGAAGUUUAUGCUGCCAGGGGUCGAUGUUGAGGAAUCAAGUCCCAACGGCGCGAACGUGACUCUAGCGCCCGCCGUAGUGGAGACGGGGGGGAGGUACAGGUGUGAAGUGUCUGGGGAGCGCCCCCUCUUCCCCACUGUCUCUGAUCAUUCCGACAUGAUCAUUGUUGCGUUGCCAGAAUCCGGCCCAGUGAUAACCGGUUCUCGUCUUCGCUACCACGUGGGUGACAGAGUCCAGGUGAACUGCACGUCAGGUCGGUCCAGGCCAGCUACCAGGCUCGCAUGGUAUAUCAACGGGGAGCCGGCACCGGCUGUAGCAGUUCUUACACCUGAGCACCAAAAUCAUGAUGACGGCCUGGAAACCACAAGUCUAGCUCUGGACUUUAAAGUAAAGCCAAAGCAUUUCAGAAAGGGCGAUUUGAAGUUAAAGUGUCUCGCAACAAUAGCCACGGUAUACUGGCGGAGUAAUGAAGAGAGCGUGCAAGGAGAAAGACUCAAGGGCUACGCGAGGUCCAGGGAACUGAGUGAGAACUCUCGCGCUGACAGAGUCCAAGCAGUUGGAAAAUCUGGCGACGGUCCAGUGCUUUCUUUGGGUUCUAGAAUAUUAUUAUUAAUUGUUAUCAUGCAUUUACCUAUUAAAUAGAAUAGAGCUUUGAUAUCCUUGUAAUGUCAAUUAUUGUUGAAUAAUCGAAGUAUACAUGUACUGACUUUUAAAGAUGAAAGUCUGAUAUAUCACGGACUAGACAAAAGGAAAUAUUUGUGGCCAUAUAUCACAAAAUAGAAGUUUUCUUGAUUUGUUGAGGGCUGAAAUUUAUAUUACAAAGGUUGGUUUUUGAGAUGAUGUGAUUUGUUGUGGUGGUGGCCAAGUCGGAAACUUAGACAAAAGUCGGGAAAGGAGUCAUACCCUCGAUUUUUUUUUUAAAUUUCUUGAAACUUUGACGGAAAUCAACCCGAAUGAUGUUUCAAAUAAAAAAAUAUCGCCUGUAUUAUUUAACCAGUGGCCUUUUUGCUGAUAAGGAUCAAUCUUUGCAAAGAUAUGUGUUACUAAAAAUUAAAGCAAAUAGAAAAUUUUUACAAAUUGCUUUUCAUAUCACAUUUUUAUCUAACUAAUAAGUUGCUCAAAAUGGUUUCCAUUGACUGCAAUGCAUAAGAUUAUACGUCUCUCUAAUGACCUUACUGCAUUUGAUACCAUGACAGGACUUAUCCUCAAUAGAAUUUCAACAAUUGUGUUUUAUUUCUAACAAAAAGUUUGAAAGGAGGAGUUUUCUUCCAUGUAAAAAUAAUAAAAAAGAAAUUUAUUCAUUUUAGUAAUACUUAUGUUUGCAAAGAUUGAUCCUUAUCAGAUACAGGAGUCCGUUGGUCCAGUAAUACAGGUUGGAAUGCAAGGAUUUUGAACAAUCAUUCGGGUGGAUUACCGUCAAAGUUUCAAAAAUCAAAAAAAAAACUAAAUAUGCAAUUAUUGGUUUCUUAUAAAUAGAGGGCAUGACUCUUUUCACGACUUUUUUCUAAGUCUCGUAGUUUCCGACUUGGCCAUCACUGCCCUUCUCAAAAAACCAUCCUGUAGAAUAAUUAUAAUUUCUACAAGAUCA